CACACGCACGCACGGCUGUACGUACCGGGACGCGCCGCCGUCAAUGCGGGCUGCUCGGCGCACUGGCAGCGGCCGUGGGCUUCCCGUCUGCUGCCCAACUAACCCCCCAUUGGUUGUUUUUGUAAGAAGAUAAAGCAUCGAGGAGGAGAAAGACAGAAGCGAGUUUUUUGGUGUAGUUUUGCGUGCUGAGGAGUAGAUGAGUCAAUGGCAGGGGCUCAGCCUGGAGUCCACGCGCUGCAGCUCAAGCCGGUGUCCGUGCCUGAGAGCCUCAGACGGGGCAACAAAUUCAUGAAAUGGGACGAUGAUUCCACCACCGUGAGCCCCGUCACGCUAACCGUUGACCCCAAAGGGUACUUCCUGUAUUGGACGGACCAGAACAAGGAGACAGACUUGCUGGACAUAGCCUACAUCAAAGACGCCCGCAAUGGAAAAUGCACCAAAACACCAAAGGAGGCCAAGCUGCGUGAGCUGCUGGACGUCAGCACGCUGGCGGGCAAGAUGGAGAAUCGCAUGCUGACGGUGGUGAGCGGCACCGACAUGGUGAACAUCACCUACCUGAACUUCAUGGCCUUCCAGGAGGAGACGGCCAAGGAAUGGGCGGAGGAGCUGUUCAGCCUGGCGUCCAACCUCCUGGUGCAGAACACGUCCAGAGAGGCCUGCCUGGACAAAGCAUACACGCGACUCAAGCUGCAGCUCAACCCUGAAGGUCGCAUCCCCGUCAAGAACAUCUUCAGGAUAUUCUCGUCCGACAGGAAGCGAGUGGAGACGGCGCUGGAAAACUGCAACCUUCCCUCUGGCAGAAACGACUCCAUCCCCCAAGAGGACUUCACCCCGGAGGUCUACAACCUGUUCCUUAGCAACAUUUGUCCCAGGCCCGAGCUGGACCACAUCUUCAGUGACGUAGGUGCUAAGAGCCGUCCGUAUCUGACCGUGGAGCAGAUGACCGAGUUCAUCAACAGCAAGCAGCGGGACCCCCGCCUCAACGAGAUCCUCUACCCGCCCCUCAAACCGGAGCAGGUCCAGCUGCUGGUGGACAAAUAUGAACCCAGUGCCACGCUGGCCCAGAACGGUCACAUCUCAGUGGAAGGCUUCGCCCGCUACCUGAACGGCGAGGAGAACAGCAUCAUUCCUCCAGAGAAGCUGGACCAGAGCGAAGACAUGACCUUUCCCCUCUCCCAUUAUUUCAUCAACUCAUCACACAACACUUACCUCACAGCCGGCCAGCUGGCGGGGAACUCGUCGGUGGAGAUGUACAAGCAGGUUCUGCUGUCCGGGUGUCGCUGCAUCGAACUGGACUGCUGGAAGGGUCGCACUACGGAAGAGGAGCCCGUCAUCACCCACGGCUUCACCAUGACCACCGAAGUCUCCUUCAAGGAGGUGAUCGAGGCCAUCGCCGAGUGCGCCUUCAAGACCUCCCCCUUCCCCGUCAUCUUGUCCUUCGAGAACCACGUGGACUCACCCAAGCAGCAGGCCAAGAUGGCCGAGUACUGCCGCUCAAUAUUUGGAGACGCUCUGUUGACGGAACCUCUGGAGAAAUAUCCCCUGGAGUCUGGCGCGCCGCUGCCCAGCCCGAUGGAGCUGAUGGGGAAGAUCCUGGUGAAGAACAAGAAGAAGCACCACAAGGCGUACUCCACCAAGAAGAAACUGGCCGAGCAGGUGUCCAACACCUGCAGCGACUCGUCCAGCGUGUGCGAGCCCUCCUCGCCCGGCGCCAGUUCGACCAAGGAGGACAUGACAGAUUCCUCCCAGCCAGCAGAGGGUGCUGACCUUAGUCUGAGGCCGCAGGGAAGAAAGUCCAUCGGUGAGGUGGAGGCGGAAAGUGAGGACGAAGAUGAAGAUGAUGACGACUGCAAAAAGGGAUCCAUGGACGAGGGCACGGCGGGCAGCGAGGCGUUUGCCACAGAGGAAAUGUCGAACCUGGUCAUCUACAUCCAGCCCGUCAAGUUUAACAGCUUUGAAGCUUCCAAAAAGAUCAGUCGCAGCUACCAGAUGUCGUCUUUCGUGGAGACCAAAGCGUUGGAACAGCUGACCAAAUCUCCUGUGGAAUUUGUGGAAUACAACAAGCUGCAGCUGAGCAGGAUUUACCCUAAAGGCACUCGAGUGGAUUCGUCCAACUACAACCCUCAGCUCUUCUGGAACGCCGGCUGCCAGCUGGUGGCGCUCAACUUCCAGACGAUCGAUCUGUCCAUGCAGCUCAACCUGGGCAUGUACGAGUACAACGGCAAGAGCGGGUUCCGCCUCAAACCGGAGUUCAUGCGGCGGCCCGACAAGCACUUCGACCCGUUCACCGAGAGCACCGUGGACGGCAUCGUAGCAAACACGCUCUCUGUGAAAAUCAUCUCGGGGCAGUUCCUCUCGGAUAAGAAGGUGGGCACCUACGUGGAGAUGGACAUGUUCGGCCUGCCGGUGGACACCAAGAGGAAGGCCUUCAAGACCAAAACAUCUCAGGGCAACGCCGUCAACCCCAUCUGGGAGGAGGAGGCCAUCGUCUUCAAGAAGGUGGUCCUCCCUACGCUGGCGUCCCUGAGGAUCGCCGUGUUUGAAGAGGGAGGGAAGUUCAUCGGACACCGCAUCAUCCCCGUGUCAGCCAUCCGUCCAGGCUACCACUACGUCAACCUGAGGAACGAGAAGAACCAGUCGCUCACGCUGCCCGCCCUCUUUGUCUACGUGGAAGUCAAAGAUUACGUCCCGGACACGUUCGCAGACGUCAUCGAGGCUCUGUCCAACCCCAUCCGCUAUGUCAACCUGAUGGAGCAGAGAGCCAAUCAGCUGGCGGCGCUCACCCUGGAGGAGGGCGGAGACGAGGAGGCCGACAAAGAGGUGGAGGCGGGAAGCGACCCCCCCUCAGAGUCCAAGGCGGACGCCAGAGCCGUGUUGCCGGCGGAAAACGGACUGACCCACACCCCCAUCGCCCCCAAACCCCCGUCGCUGGUCGGCCAUCAGCCUCAGUCUGCGGGCUCUCUCAAACCCCCGGUGAAGACGGAGGACAUCAUCCAGAGUGUCCUCACAGAAGUGGAAGCUCAGACGGUGGAGGAGCUGAAGCAGCAGAAGGGUUUUGUGCGCGAGCAGCGUAAGCAGUACAAGGAGAUGAAGGAGCUGGUGCGCAAACACCACCGCAAGACCGGCGAGCUCAUCAAGGAGCACACGGCCCGCGCUUCCGAGCUCCAGAACCAGCACCAGCGCCGCUGCUCGGCCCUGCACAAGAGCCACAAACGUGACGGUAAGAAAAGCCGAUCGGAGCAGUCCCUGUCUGCACUGGACCGGGAGCUGAGCGAGUUGGACCAGGACUGCAGCCAGCGUCUGGUGGAGCUGAAGGAGCAGCAGCAGCAGCAGCUCCUCACGCUUCGCCAGGAGCAGUACUACAGCGAAAAGUAUCAGAAGCGCGAGCACAUCAAGCAGCUGGUGGAGAAGCUGACCGCCCUUGCUGAGGAGUGCCAGAGCGUGCAGCUCAAGAAGAUGAGGGAUAUCUGCGAAAAGGAGAAGAAAGAGCUGAAGAAGAAGAUGGACAAGAAGAGACAGGAGAAGAUGAGUGAAGCCAAGUCUAAAGACAAGAACAUCACAGAGGAAGAGAAGCUGGAGAUAAACCGGUCGUUCGUCAAUGAGGUGGUGCAGUACAUCAAACGGCUGGAGGACGCCCAGAGUAAGCGCCAGGAGCGUCUGCAGGAGAAACAUAAGGACAUCCGCCAGCAGAUUUUGGAUGAAAGGCCAAAGCUGCAGAGUGAUCUGGACCAGGAGUACCAGGACAAGUUCCGCCGACUGCCGGUGGAGAUCCAGGAGUUCGUCCAGGACAGCGGCAAGACCAAGCUGGGCGACGACGGUCUCCGUGGCAACCUGACCUCGUCCUCGUCCACGGCGGACAGGCUCAACCACAAGGCGUCGCAGUCGGAGGACGACGCCGAGGACGGUUCGCUGGAGCGCGUCUACGACACGCCCCUUUAGACUUGCCGGGCGUCUUUGACAGGACUUGAUCUGCUCCGGUGAGUAGCGGCGGCCUUUGGGUGUACAUUGAACCUCUGGUGUGUUUGUCACCCGUGCGUUACCAGACACGAACUUACUUACUUUUCAUCUUGUCUUCUCAUCAUCCUCACGCUGGUUAUGAUGUGCCAUGCUGGUAACCGUGGUCAUGCUGGUUAUGGUGGUCUUGGUGGUCUUGGUGGUCUUGGUGGUCUUGGUGGGGUUUGACUGCUCACCUCCUCAACAUUUUUCCAGCCCUUAUCCGCUGGUGGCCUGCUGGCUUCUCCAUUGAGUUGUGACAAAGAACUAAAGCGGCGUUUCCAUUUGCACGCAUUUUGCCUCCGCAUUGUCCCGCAAUUUGCCGUGGCAAUGUGCGUCAUUUAUUUAUUUAUGGCUCGCCCGAAAAGCAUGAAGACUAGUUUGCACGCUGUUUGCAUUUUGUUUACGUGUAAAUUACACAUUUUGUGACCGAAAAUGGUGCGCAUUGGCACGAAAUGACCACGCACGACUUGUUUACACCUCGUCGUUACGUCUAGUGCACAAUAGUACGCGCAACAUGGGCGUGCAUUCUGGUAUUAUUUGCUCCCACUGUGUCCCGUGCGACGCCAAGCUUCAUUAAUUCCUCAGUAUGGAUUGGUUUUAUCCCCUCUUGCAGUGACCUUUUACUUGUGGAACUUCUAUCGGGGUAAAGUUGCGAAAAGUGUUUAGAACAUCAGCGGCCUUAUUAGUUAGAUAGACGUGAGUGGAGCUCAUUUAUCUUCUUUAAGGCAAAGUUAUGCAAGUUGUUAUUAUUUUUAUAUUGUGGCUGCUUUUAUGCCCAUGCCCCCCAUUAUAUUAAACUCUUUUUCUUUAUGGAGAGUGUCACCUCAGUCUUCUGGGAUAUAAAAGACUAAGCAGUAUUUCUUUUUAGGUUAUUCCGGUUACACAGAAAAACCUUACAGGUCCUUCUGAUCGCCAGUAGCUGAGUCAAUCAUCCCAGGUCCUUUAGAAGCGCAACAAACCCAAAGCCGAGGGCAAGCAGCUUUAAAGUAAAGGAUUCAGCGUUGGGUUACUCUGUUGUGCUGGAUCUGGACGUCUCUACACAGCAGACUGUGAAAACCUGGGUGAGGUCCCCUCACCCCUGACUUAGAGGACUCGCCCUCAUACGGGACAUAUUUAACCCUUUAAACAGAGUCAUCAGUCCGGGACGUGUGCACGCUUGAAACAGAAGAAGUGUGGUGUUGAACCUCCGCGUUAACUCGGGCAAUUUGCAAGGUUGAACUCCAGAGAAGACGCUGUUGACCAGCUGAAACAUGUGAAGCAUGUACAUUUAGCACUGUUGGAUCUUUAGGAGGUUCUAAGUAGAGAUUCAAAAUGCAAAAAGAAGAAAUGGGAGCAAAACAAAGAAGCAAUUUAUUGCAAAGAAGCAUUCAAGUGGAAUAGGCUGUUGAUCAGCACAGCCUUGAAAAGGCAAAAUGAUGACAAACAUGUGGAUUGAAUGUGAUUUAGUGUCGUCAUGAUGUCUUGAUGGCAAAGGCAACAAAGCUUUCUCUCUUUGAAGGCGGUGGGAUUGUUGAGCUGCAUAAGCAAGGCCUCUCCCAGCGCACCAUUGCUGCUGAGGUUGGACGCAGUAAGACACUCAUCUCAAACUUCUGAAAAACAUCCUGGAGCAAAAAAGUCAAGUGGUAGACCCAAAAAAAUGAGCCGAAGGAUCCCAUUGGCUCUCCGUCAAGAUCACAGGACCAUCCUCGGCCCAGAUGGAGGCUGUUAUUGGUGCCGAGUGCAGUCCAAUAACCAUCAGAGGCCAUCUGGCAGAGAAUGCUUUUAAGAAGAAAAAAGCUCUUCAAAAGGUUUGGAAUUUACAGGAGAGCACCAAACAUGGGACAUUGAAAGGUGGAAGAAACUUUUAUUCUCCCUUGACAGCCCUGAUGGCUUCCAACGUUACUGGCAUGACAAGGAGAUGUUUUCCCACACAGCACGGUGGAGGGGACACCAUCAUGAUCCUUUAAUGGAAGAAUGGAGCUUCAGGUUGCGCAGGGGCGUCAAACAGCAGAUGGCUAUGUGGAGAUGUUGCAGGGGGCAUCCCUCAUGACUGAAGGCCCUGGUCUGUGUGGUGAUGACUGGCUUUUUCCAACACUUCAUUAAGAACUUCCUCCAGAGGAAAAAGCUCACUCUUUUGGACCAUCCUGCGUGUUCCCCUCAUCUAAAUCCAAUGGAUUUACAAAAAUGGACAUGAGCUCCAGACAGUAGAUGUCCUCCGUGAAGGCAUCUUCACCACCUGGAGCAACAUUCCCACUAGCCUCCUGGAAACACUGGCAUAAGCAUGCCCAAAGCCAUUUCUCACCUCAUGAACAAGAAUGAAGAAAGAACUCCUUUUUACACAUUUUAUUUCUACUUUAGGGGGGGUUCCUGUGUCUUUUUUAAGCUAUGCUCUUAAACUUUUGAUCAGCUGAUGACCAGCCUAUUUCACUUUAAUGCUUCUUUGCAAUAAAUUGCUUUUUGUCUCACUCUCAUUUUGUCUUUUUGCAUUUGGAAUCUCUACUUAGAACCUCCUAAAGAUCCAACAGUGCAAAAGGUAGCAUAAAUAAGCCACAGACACUAAAUUUAGAGAGAAAAACAGAUUUGUACAUGUGUAUAUAAAAAAAAAAAAUACACUGCUCAAAAAAAUGAAAGGAACACUUGGAAAACACAUCAGAUCUAAACUGGGGGGAAAAUGAUGUUGAAUAUGUUUCCUGAUAAUAAGUGGGUGAUGUAUUAGUAACAAAAUGAUGCCACAUCAUUUGAUAGAAAUGAAAAUGAUCACCCUAUAGAGGGGGGAAAUCAAAGACACCCCAAAAAUGAAAGU